AUGAUCCUCGCGUUGAUCAAGGGUGACAGCCGAACAGGGGGGGAGUUGAGAUUGGCCCAGGCCUUCUGGGAUUUGCCAAGAGCAGCAAAGGAACUUGUUGUGGCGCCCUGCGUCUGCUUGGGAACCUUAAAUUUGAGCAACAAAUAUUGCAAAGAGGAGAAGUACCAACACGGGGAUGGCAUCGGCGCCUUUGUCCUACAGUGGUUCUGGCUCCUCUCCGCAGAGCUUGCAAACAUCAAGGCCAGUUGA